UAUAUUUACUUUAUCUAAACUAUAUUUUGGCCAUUUUUAUAUAAUUCCUAACCAUUGCACAUAUCCCGGGUCCCUCAUGUGUGUUAUAGUUCUUUAAAAACACGGUCUGCCGACCGGCCAGGGGGAACAGCUGUUAAAGUCGAGCCGCCGAAACACCCCUCGAUCACUGAAAAUGGGUGGAGUUUAUUGCCGUCGCGCUCGUGCCACAUGCCAAACGGUAAAAUUAGAUCGAAAAACUUUUAGUUCAUUCUAUUUCUUGAUUUCAAACGGCACGCGUUUACCCUCAAAACAUUCGCGCCCAUUCGCAACCUCAAUUGAAAACAUCCGGCCGAAGUGACAUCUCCAGUGACCUUAACAUAUGAUUCAUUAAUAUUAGUGACUAUUAGUAGCAUGUGUUAUUUAUUUCGUAACGAGGAUAAUUAAAGUUUAAAUAAUUACUAGUUAUAAUGUCGCAGAUCAGUGUCGUACAGUACAGUCCACCUACCCCUAAAAUUCUACAUCAAAAUACCACAACAAAUCAAGGUAAAACUGGUGACAGGCAUAUUAUAGUGCUUAGAAAGCCGGCCCCAAUAUUACCUCAGCCGAAAGAUAUCCCCAAAGAAGAUAUUUUACUUACAAAUCCAGGUCGUAAAGGUGCUAAAAAGGCUGCAAAAGACUCAAAAACUAACCCGCAACCGAUGGCUGUAGCAAGAAGAAAUGCGCGGGAACGAAACCGCGUAAAACAAGUUAACAAUGGUUUUGCGAAUUUACGGCAACACAUUCCUAAUUUUAUUGCUCAAACCUUUGAAAGUGGUAAUGGCCGAGGCAAUAAAAAACUGAGCAAAGUUGAAACAUUAAGAAUGGCCGUAGAAUAUAUUAGGAGCUUGGAAGAACUAUUAGCCAUGGAUGGAUAUGCCUUACCAUACAGUGAUGAAGCAAAUUUGUGCUCUUCGCCAACAUCCCAGAAUGAAUCGAGUGAAAAUCAGUGUUAUUCCUUUGGAAUGUCUGACGAAGAUGACGAUUUCUCUUCUGUAGCAACUGCGUCUCCGCAACAAUAUAUCCGAAUUAAUACUACCAAUAAUUCAUAUGAAGUUGUACCAAUAUCGCUAUAUGAAAACUCAGAAAAUAUGGAUCCUUCAAUAUCUUCUGAACAGCAUAGUAUUUUGCUAGACUCUGGACUUGAUUUAAAUUCUCAGGACCUCUCAUAUCUUCAAGUAAGUGCAUUACAAAAUACAGCAGGUUCACUCAGUCCAGAACUAUAUAGUGAAAACUCCUUGAGUCCAAACAGUGAGUCGAAGAUGCAAGAGGGUUUACCUCAAAAUUGUUUUAUUCCUGUUUUUACAUCCGGUAGAUUGGGAGAUAACUUUAAUGUACAUGUAAAAACUGAAAUAAGUGACUUGCCAACAAUUUUGUUAAAAGAGGAAGAGAGCCCAAAAAUUGAACAAAAUAUUCAAGCAAACUGGUGGGAGCAGACUAUAGGACGAAGCGAUACUAACAGCUAGCAAAGGCCUUACAAUUAGGUGUAUAUAUCAUAACUGAAGUGAUCUCAUCAACAUAUUUUUAUAAAAAUAAGACUUACUAACAAGCCAGUUAUUCAUCUAGUUAACUAUUUAUUAAUAAUAAUUUGUACAUAGUCUGUGUUAGUUAGACAAUAAAAUUUGUAGUUUUAGUGCCUUAUAUUGUAUCAUAAAAACUGAUAUUUAUUUGUAAAUAUUUUUUUAAAUUAUAACGUGUUUUUUGUUUUUUGGAACGACAAGGUGACUUGU